CCUGGGAGUGGCCGGACAUGGCCCUUGUGGAGGUGGUGGUGGGGCAGGCGGAUAGACUGUGAUGGAGGAGGAGGUUCCUGCCUGUGUGAAAGCCCCAUCCAGAGAGGGAGGCAGGGCUCCAAGUGGCAGGGCUAUCAAGCCUGGAAGGAAUCCUGUGUGCUCACACCCUCAGGUGCUGGCACUGGGCACCAGGUGAAGCUUUUGGCCCUGUUUGUGUGUCUUGUGAGUACCUGAGCAGACUGGUAUCUGCUCCUGACCCAGGGGCCCCACUUGGGCAACGCAGAGCCUGUCUUUCUGGAGCACUGCAGAAACUGUCCUCCCUGCCCUCAGGGGCUGCCCCAGGCCUUGCCUCCAGCCAGAUUGCUUUGUGCCUACAGGGUCCCCAGACCCAGGCCCACAGUUCCUGGAUGGCAGAGAAGCCUUUCUGGGGUCAAAGAAUGUCACCUAUCCAGUUUCUCAGAUAGGCCCCUGGGCUGGCCUUGUGGGGUCAAAGGCUGUCAACUAGGGGUGAGAGUGGGAUCUUUAUUGCCUCCAGGGUGACCUGGCUGUCAGGAUUAAGCCCCUGGCUAAAGAAGACCAAGGUCCCUCUGUGCCGCAGAUAGAGGCUACCUGGAAUCUAGAGCAGGUGCCCAGGGAGCUUCUGAGGCCAGGUGGCCCACUGAGUCAGGACCCUCACCAAGCUCGUGUCAUGACCAAACAGGCCUGCUUCUGAUCUGUCCCUUGGCUGGGUUGUCUCUGGGAAAGUCACCCCUGUCCUAAUCUCAUGGGAGGUUGCAAGGAAAAAACGCUGUCCACUCUGUCCCCUCAGCCGGCCCCUUUGUAACAAAAGUGAAAGAGCUGCGUCUACAGAGAGAUGACUUUGAGAUCUUGAAGGUGAUUGGCAGAGGGGCCUUUGGGGAGGUUGCUGUGGUGAGGCAGAGGGACAGUGGCCAGAUUUUUGCCAUGAAGAUGCUGCAUAAGUGGGAGAUGCUGAAGAGGGCUGAGACGGCCUGUUUCCGGGAGGAGCGAGAUGUUCUAGUGAAGGGAGACAGCCGCUGGGUGACUGCUCUGCACUAUGCCUUCCAAGAUGAGGAGUACCUGUACCUGGUGAUGGACUACUACGCUGGCGGGGACCUCCUCACACUGCUGAGCCGCUUCGAGGAUCGCCUCCCACCUGAGCUGGCCCAGUUCUAUCUGGCUGAGAUGGUUCUGGCCAUCCACUCUCUGCACCAGCUGGGCUAUGUCCACAGGGAUGUCAAGCCUGACAACAUCCUGCUGGACAUGAAUGGCCACAUCCGCCUGGCAGACUUUGGCUCCUGCCUGCGUCUCAACAACAAUGGCAUGGUGGAUUCAUCAGUCGCAGUUGGGACCCCGGACUACAUCUCUCCUGAGAUCCUACAGGCCAUGGAGGAAGGCAAGGGCCACUACGGCCCACAGUGUGACUGGUGGUCCCUGGGAGUCUGCGCCUACGAGCUGCUCUUUGGGGAAACACCCUUUUAUGCAGAGUCUCUGGUAGAAACCUACGGCAAGAUCAUGAACCACGAGGACCACCUCCAGUUCCCCUCUGAUGUAGAUGAUGUGCCUGCUAGUGCCCAGGCCCUGAUCCGGCAGCUGCUGUGCCGGCAGGAGGAGCGGCUGGGCCGCGGUGGACUGGACGACUUCCGGAGCCACCCGUUCUUUGAAGGGGUUGAUUGGGAGAGACUUGCAACCAGCACAGCACCCUACAUCCCUGAGCUUCGAGGGCCGGUGGAUACCUCCAACUUCGAUGUGGAUGAUGAUACCCUCAACCGUCCCGAGACGCUGCCACCGUCCUCCCAUGGGGCCUUCUCAGGCCACCACCUGCCAUUUGUAGGCUUCACUUAUACCUCAGGCAGCCUCACUGAUGACAAGAGCUCUGAGCUAAUGGCUACCCCAGAGUGGAAGCCCCACGGUGUGGAGCAGAUGAAAGUGGAGCUCAGCCAGAAGUGUCAAGUGGCCCUUCUCCUGCCAGAGGCCUUGCAUAGCUCAUUACAACCCCAGGAGCUGGUGCGACUGCAGAAAGAAGUACAGGUUCUUCAGGAGAAACUGACAGAGACACUGAGGGACAGCAAGGCCUCACUCUCACAGACUGAUGGCCUCCAUGUUAGAAGCCCAGCCCCAGACAUCCAACUACAACAGGAGAAGGACCGCCUCCAGCAGGAGCUGGCUGAAGCGCAGGCAGCAUUGCAAGUGCGGGAUGCUGAACUGUGCCAAGCCCAGAACCGGCAGGAAGAAUUCCUACAGAGGCUGUGGGAAGCCCAAGAGAGAGAGGCAGCUGCAGCCAGCCAGAUCCAGGCCCUGAACUCUCAGCUGGAGGAAGCCUGGGUUGUCCGGAGAGAGCUUGAAGGCCAGGUGACCACCCUGAGUCAGGAGGUGACACAGCUCCAGGGACAAUGUAAACAAGACUCUUCACAGGCCAAGACCGUUCAUGCAGCCCCUGAGACCAACGGCAUAGGAUCUCCUGAGGGUCAGUCUCAAGAGGCCCAGCUGAGGAAGGAGGUGGCUGCUCUGAGGGAGCAGCUGGAGCGCGCCUGCAGCCAAGGGGUCACUGUUGGGAAAGAGGAGGUUCUGUGCCGACUGCAGGAGGAAAACCAGCGGCUGAGCCGGGAGCAGGAACGGUUGGCAGAGGAGCUGGACCUGGAGCUACAGAGCAGACAGCGUCUGGAAGGUGAGCGGCGUGAGAGUGAGAGCAACUGGGAGGCGCAGAUCGCUGACAUCCUCAGCUGGGUGAAUGACGAGAAGGUCUCGAGAGGCUACCUGCAGGCCUUGGCUACUAAGAUGGCCGAGGAGCUGGAGUCCUUGAGGAAUGUGGGCACCCAAACACUCCCUACCCGGCCUCUGGACCACCAGUGGAAGGCUCGGAGGCUGCAGAAGAUGGAGGCCUCAGCCCGGCUUGAGCUUCAGUCAGCACUGGAAGCUGAGAUCCGUGCCAAGCAGGGUCUGCAGGAGCAGCUGACGCAGGUGCAGGAGGCCCAGCGGCAGGCUGAACGCCGCCUUCAAGAGGCUGAGAAGCAAAACCAGGCCCUGCAGCAGGAGGUGGCUGAGCUCCGGGAGGAACUUCAAGCUCGAGGACCAGGGGAUGCCAAGCCCUCCACCUCCCUCAUCCCUCUCCUGUCCUUCUGGAACACAGAGAAGGAUUCUGCCAAGGACACUGGCAAUUCAGGAGAGUCCCCCCGGUCUGGAGCAGAAGCAGAGCUGCGGCCAGAGGGCCGCCGCAGUUUGCGCAUGGGGAGUGUGUUCCCCAGGGUGCCUGCUGCCAACCCUAUCCCUGCAGAGGGUCCUCCUGCUAAGCCUGGUUCUCACACACUGCGUCCCCGGAGUUUUCCAUCCCCUACCAAGUGUCUCCACUGCACCUCGCUGAUGCUGGGCCUGGGCCGCCAGGGCCUGGGCUGUGACACCUGUGGCUACUUCUGCCACUCAGCUUGUGCGACCCAAGCUCCCCCCUGCCCUGUGCCCCCUGAACUCCUCCGCACAGCCCUGGGGGUGCACCCGGAAACAGGCACAGGCACUGCCUAUGAGGGCUUCCUGUCGGUGCCUCGGCCUUCAGGUGUCCGUCGGGGCUGGCAGAGGGUGUAUGCUGCUCUCAGUGACUCCCGCCUGUUGUUGUUUGAUGCUCCUGACCCUCGAGGCAGCAUGGCCAGUGGGGUCCUCCUGCAGGCCUUGGAUCUGAGGGAUCCCCAGUUCUCAGCCACCCCUGUCUUAGCUCCAGAUGUCAUCCAUGCCCAAUCCAAGGACCUGCCACGCAUCUUUAGGGUGACAGCCUCCCAGCUGACAGUGCCACCAUCCACAUGUACUGUGCUGCUGCUGGCGGAGAACGAGGGGGAGCGGGAGCGUUGGCUUCAGGUGCUAAGCGAGCUGCAGCGGCUGCUCCUGGACGCACGCCCAAGGCCCCGACCAGUGUACACACUCAAGGAGGCCUAUGACAAUGGACUGCCGCUGCUGCCUCAUACGCUCUGUGCUGCUAUCAUUGACCGAGAGCGUCUUGCCCUGGGCACUGAGGAGGGCUUGUUUGUGAUCCAUCUUCACAGCAAUGACAUCUUCCAGGUGGGAGACUGCCGCAGGGUGCAGCGGUUGACCGUGAGCUCUGCUGCUGGCCUACUGGUCGUGCUCUGUGGCCGUGGUCCCAGUGUGCGCCUCUUCACCCUGUCUGAGCUGGAGAAUGCAGAGGUGGCAGGUGCCAAGAUCCCUGAAUCCCGAGGCUGUCAGGCUUUGGUGGCUGGGAGCAUCCUACAGGCCCGGACUCCAGUGCUCUGUGUGGCAGUCAAGCGCCAAGUUCUCUGUUACCAGCUGGGCCCAGGACCAGGGCCCUGGCAGCGCCGCAUCCGAGAGCUACAAGCGCCAGCUCCCGUGCAGAGCCUGGGGUUGCUGGGUGAUCGGCUCUGUGUGGGUGCCGCCGGCACCUUUGCUCUCUACCCGCUGCUCAAUGAGGCUGCGCCCUUAGCGCUGGGAACCGGCUUGGUGGCCGAGGAGCUCCCCGCGUCCCGUGGGGGCCUGGGUGAGGCACUGGGUGCUGUGGAACUCAGCCUCAGCGAGCUUCUGCUGCUCUUCGCCACUGCUGGCGUCUACGUGGAUGGCGCUGGCCGCAAGUCACGAAGCCACGAGCUGCUGUGGCCAGUGGCACCCACUGGCUGGGGUUACACAGCACCCUACCUAACAGUGUUCAGUGAAAACUCCAUUGAUGUGUUUGAUGUGAGGAGAGCAGAAUGGGUACAGACUGUGCCACUCAAGAAGGUGAGACCCCUAAAUCCAGAAGGCUCCUUGCUCCUCUAUGGCACCGAGAAGGUCCGUCUGACCUACCUCAGGAAUCCAUUAGCAGAGAAGGAUGAGUUUGACAUUCCCGACCUCACGGACAACAGCCGGCGCCAGCUGUUCCGCACCAAGAGCAAGCGCCGCUUCUUCUUCCGGGUGUCUGACGAGCUGCGGCAGCAGCAGCGCAGGGAGAUGCUGAAGGACCCUUUUGUGCGCUCCAAGUUCAUCUCACCGCCCACCAACUUCAACCACCUGGUGCACGUGGGCCCUACAGAGGGCAGGCCCGGCCCCAGGGAUGGGACCCGGGCUCAGGAACAGAAGAGCAGAGGCACCCGCAGCUCCGGACCGCAGCGGCCCCACAGCUUCUCAGAGGCAUUGCGGCGUCCAAUAUCCAUGGGCAAUGAUGGCCUCCCUGGAGAAACAGACCCCCUAGUGAAGAGGAAAGUUUGGACAUCUCUGUCCAGCGAAUCCGUGUCCUGCCCCCAGGGGUCCCUGAGCCCUGCAGCAUCCCUGAUACAGGUCUCAGAACGGCCCCGGAGUCUCCCUCCAGAUCCUGAGUCAGAGGGCUCCCCCUGAUGCCCUCUGGCAGUGCCCACCCCAUUCCCAAGACAGAAGGAAUGAGGAAGCAAAGAGCUUGAGGGAUGCCAUACCCGGCUGGUCCGGGACAUGUUGAAAUUCAGACUCAGGGAGAGCCUGGGUGGAGGGCUAAGAGCAAGGCGCCUGGGUCCCCAGGAGUGGGGUCUGGCUCCUGGCCCUGUUCCUGCCGUUCUCCUGGGCUUCCAUCAUAGCCUACACUGGCCUCUGGGAGUGCCACGCCUCUACUGCCCAGGGAAGAUUGUGCCAAAGCUGUGCUUCAUGGGGCCAGAGACGCUGUUAGUCAGG